CGGUAAAGUAGUUGCGAUCGCACUGCCAUGUUGUUGAAAAUUGUAAAUAAUUUGACAUUUAUUCAACAAUGGCUGCCGAAACAGGACGUGUUUUUGUUUACGGAGGAAAAGGAGCUCUUGGAUCAUCUUGUGUGUCUCUGUUUAAAUCAAAAAAAUGGUGGGUGGGUUCAAUUGAUAUUAAUGCAAAUGACGAGGCCGAUGAUAAUGUGCUUGUGAAGCUGGGACAAUCAUGGAAGGAGCAGCAAGAGGAUAUUUUAAAUCAGGUGACAAAGUCUUUGAAUGGAAGUAAAGUCGAUGGAAUAAUUUGCGUCGCCGGUGGUUGGGCCGGUGGGAAUGCGGCGAAUAAAGAUUUUAUUAAAAAUUGCGAUUUAAUGUGGAAUCAAAGUGUCUGGAGUUCUUGCAUUGCGGCGAAUAUUGCCUCUCAGCAUUUGAAGGAAGGUGGAUUUUUAUCGUUAACAGGCGCUAAAGCCGCUUUAGAAGGAACACCAGGAAUGAUUGGCUAUGGAAUGGCUAAAGCGGCAGUUCAUCAGCUUACGAAAUCAUUGGCGACCGAUGGAAGUGGAUUGCCUUCAGGAAGUCUCGUCGCUUCUAUUUUACCGGUUACUUUAGACACCCCGAUGAAUAGAAAAUGGAUGCCAAAAGCCGACACAACGACCUGGACUCCUCUGGAAUUUAUUGCCAACUUGUUUUGGGAAUGGUCACAAAAUGAGAAACGACCAUCUAAUGGCAGUCUCUUGCAAUUGGUAACGAAGGACAAUAAAACUGAAGUGAUUCCAGCAUAAGAGAAUAAUUUCGAAAAAAGUUCAAUCUCAACGAUUACAUCGCAAUCGUGAGAAUAAGAAACAAAUGUUUUUACCUAAAGGAAUCAAAAUAAUUAAUUGUUUAAAGAAAAUUAAUAAUUAAUUGUUAAAAAAAACUUCCAUCUAGUUGAAGAAAUAAUUGUUCUUUAUUUUUCAUUUGAAGAAAUACUUCUUCACAAUUUUCAUGUAUAAAUUACAUCAUUGUUAUAUUGCAGUAUUAUUUUUAAUUUUAUUGUUAAUUUACAGUGAUUCUUUUUUUACACGAUCAAAAUCUCAAAACGAAUCUCUUCUCUGUGCAUUUGAUUCGAAUUUUAUGUCUUUAAAUAGAAAUAAAAAUAAAUGUUAAUAUA